AUGGACAUUGAACUGAAUAGGGACAGAAACCUCUUUGCACCAAGCUACACUGAGACUCAUUACAGCCAGACGGGACAGCCCCAGACCACCCCCCUGUCCCACACGGACCACUGCUUUUACCAUGGGGUAGUGAGGGGCCUGGAGAGCUCCACCGUCGCCCUCAGCACGUGCCGAGGCCUGCGAGGACUUAUCGUAUUGAGCAGCAAUUCCAGCUAUAUCUUAGAGCCAGUUCCCGACAGCCCAAACCAGCACUGGAUCUACAGGCUGGAUGACCUGAGGUUGCAGAAAGGAGCCUGUGGCUACCAGGGCACCAGGGAUGCAUCUGAGGACUGGUUCAGGGACUUCACAACUGGGAUGAAACCACCUCACCAGAGGGUGAAACGAGAGACUCUGCAGACUGCAAAGUACGUGGAGCUUCUGCUGGUGGCUGAUUAUGCGGAGUUUCAGAAGCAUCACUUCAACAUUGAAGCAACAAGGCUUAAAUUAGUGGAGGCUGCUAAUUAUGUCGAUAAGUUUUACAGAUCCCUGAAUAUCCGGAUUGCUUUGGUGGGGCUGGAGAUCUGGAGUAAUUGGAAUAAAUGUGAUGUAUCUGAGAAUCCCUACUCCACUCUGAAGUCCUUUCUGGCCUGGAGUAGCAAGGAGAGGGUGCAAAGAAAACACGAUAAUGCUCAACUAAUCACGGGUGUGGCCUUCCAAGGUACCACAGUAGGCUUGGCUCCCGUGAUGGCCAUGUGCUCUGAUUUCCAGUCAGGAGGAGUAAACAUGGAUCACUCUGAUAAUGCCAUUGGUGUUGCUGCUACCAUUGCCCAUGAGAUGGGACACAAUUUUGGCAUGAAUCAUGAUUCUGCUGGCUGCUGUACUACCCCUGCAGAAGAUGGAGGCUGCAUCAUGGCUUCUGCAACUGGGCACCCAUUCCCCAAGGUGUUCAACCAGUGCAAUAGAAAAGAGCUGGAGAAGUAUCUGCAGUCUGGUGGAGGGAUGUGUCUCUCCAAUAUGCCGGAUACCAAAAAAAUGUAUGGUGGGAGGAAAUGUGGAAAUGGCUACUUGGAAGAGGGGGAGGAGUGUGACUGUGGAGAGGUAGAGGAAUGCAACAACCCCUGCUGCAAUGCCAGCACCUGCUCCCUCAAGCUGGGUGCUGAAUGUGCCCAUGGAAGCUGCUGUCAUCAGUGCAAGCUGAUGUCUCCAGGAACUCCCUGCAGGGAAAGGUCAGGACUCUGUGACCUGCCAGAAUACUGCACUGGCGAGUCACCGUUUUGCCCUCCCAACUCUUACCAAAUCGAUGGGGCUUCCUGCGAUGGAGGAAAGGCCUAUUGCUACAGUGGCAUGUGUCUCACCUAUAAGGACCAGUGCUUGCAGCUGUGGGGGCCUGGAGCAAGGCCAGCACCAGAUGCCUGCUUCGAGAAGGUUAAUGCUGCUGGAGACAUCUACGGGAACUGCGGGAAGGAUAUCUAUGGCAACUACAGGAAGUGCGAGAUGAGAGAUGCUAAAUGUGGGAAGAUCCAGUGCCAGAGCUCUGCUUCCAAACCCCUGCAGUCCAACGCAGUGGCCAUCGAUACAACUCUCCGCACGCAGAGGACAGAGCUGAGGUGCCGAGGGACCCACGUGUACCGAUCAGAGAGUGAGGAAAAGGAGAUGCUGGAUCCUGGCUUGGUGUUGACAGGAACAAAGUGUGGCAGCCAUCAUGUUUGCUUUGAGGGACGCUGCCAGAACACGUCCAUCAUCUUUGAUUCUGAAAGCUGUAGCAAGAAGUGCCACGGGCAUGGGGUGUGCAAUAAUAACAAGAACUGCCACUGCAACCAGGGGUGGGCCCCCCCAUUUUGCAACAAGCUGGGAAGGGGGGGAAGUUUGGAUAGUGGUCCUCCCAUGCCUGAAGGCCCUUCAGCAGGCGUGAUAACUCUAGCAAUCCUGGCUCCUAUUCUCUUUCUAAUUGGAAUAAUGUUUUUAUUCCAUUAUCUGAAAUGCUGGAAUAAAUUUUCCAUCUGUUCUCUGAAGAAGACACCACAAUUCAGUGACACUUCUGGAAAUGGGCAUGCAAACCCUGCCUUCAAGUUGAAAACCCCCCAGGAGCAGAGGAAGGUGAUUGGCUUCCCUGAAAUCCCAUUGAAACCUCCUCCCCAGCAAGCUCCAGGGCUCCAAAUGAACAUGCAGCAGCCACCUGCCUUCUCUGCUGGGUACAGCUGUGGUGUGGGGCAGCCCACCAGGCCAGCACAGCCCCCACCAGCAAGGGACAUCGCCCGGAGGACACCCCCGAGCCGGCCAGCACCUCCUGCUCCCAGACCCCCCGUCUCUCAGGAUAUUUCUAGGCCUCGGCCACCCCAAAGAGCUUUACCAGCUAAUCCUGUCCCAGCCAGACCCAGAGCCUGGCCAGGGAACAGCUCUGCCCUCUCGUUACCUCCGGCACACCCCAGAACCCCAGGACGACUCCAGCCUGUGGCAGAGAAUACUGGCGUUGGAACGGCUGAAGCAGCAAAAGUCUUGAAAAUGGGACAGCUGGGCUCCCGUGGGCACUCAUGA